GUGUAUUGCAAAACAAAUAACAAAACCACAACCUGAAAGGUCUGGAGAGCCCACGGUGAGAUCGCAGAGGACGGUCAGACACGUUAUUCCCAAGAGGAGCGUAAAACUGACGGCUGAGAGAGUCCCAUCUGAGAAGAACAUCCUUGAAGCCUCGCGUUUUUAAAUUGUCUCCGAAUCAUUAGAAAGUCCAGCAGCAUCAGCAGCAGCGGAAACAUCGAGGUUCAGACUGCGAGAUGAAUUCAGGAGAUGUGCGCGUCCAUGUCUCUAGCCUUCUCCUCAGCCUCCCACCACACCGCUGUGAGACUGAGACUGGGAUUACUCAAGACUGGAGCCGUACACAGCUCUCUGACUACACUUCCAACUGCGUGUUGUGGAGGAUGGCCACCACCUGCGGGAUCGACGCUCCCCUGCAUGGGUUUCUGUCUACAUCUCCGUGUCUUCGUGCUGCUGGGAAUGACAGCGAAUCGCCGAAAUUCGUCCCUCCAUCGAAACCUGUCAUUGUAGACAAGACACAGACUGUGGCAUCUCUCCGAAAGUUCUUGAGCCCAGAGUUUAUCCCUCCUAGACAGAGAAUAGAUCCUUUAAAGUUUUCUAUUGAGAGGAAAGACAUGAUUCGCAGAAGAAAAGUGCUCAACAUUCCUGAAUUUUAUGUUGGGAGUAUUCUAGCUGUGAUUAUGGCUGAUCCAAAUGCCAGUGGGAAAAGCAACCGCUUCGUUGGCAUCUGCAUCCAGAGAGGAGGAAAAGGGCUGGGGGCCACAUUUGUACUGAGGAACAUCAUUAAUAACCAAGGUGUGGAGAUCUGCUAUGAGCUGUACAGCCCUCGUAUUCAGAAGAUUGAGGUGCUGAAGCUGGAGAAAAGACUAGACGAUAAUCUGAUGUACCUGAGAGACGCUCUGCCCGAGUACAGCACUGUGGACCCCGAAAUGAAGCCAGUGCCUUUCUCACCUACUGGAGAGGUGACUGUCAACAAGAUCAAGGUAAGGAUGCGUCCAAAGCCAUGGUCUAAACGCUGGGAACGGCCCAAGUUCAACAUCCAGGGCAUCCGCUUCGACCUCUCCCUGACCCCAGAACAGAUGGAGCAUGCCCAGAAGUGGGCACAGCCGUGGCUGGAGUAUGACAUGCUAAAAGAGUACGACACAUCCAAACUGGAGGAGCAAAUCAUCAAAGAAGUCCAGCAGGAGAUGAGCAAGUGAAACAAACAACUUUUUUUUCUUAUUACCAUCAGUGCAGACAUUUCAAAAUUGGAAGAUAAGGCGGUCAUGGAUGUGGAACGAAUCAAGUCUUAUUCCAAGCAGUUUACAACAGCCACACCUCUUUAUCUGACAAGAAGUGAAUAUGGAUAUUGAUGUUCUAUUUGUAAAAGCAUUGUCUUCUUCAUGUCUGCGUAUCAGUCUGCUGAGGAGUUCUUCCAGUGUCACUGAUUUUAGCUGGGACAUUCACAGUAUGCGAUGAAGUGUCGUCUGUAAUAAAGCUAAUUAAUCCUG